AUGGACACAGUGGCGGACAAAAACCCCGCAUAUUAUCUUUCCCAACAAUCAGGAGUUCACACCUCAAAAAGGAUGUUGUUUUCUGUAGUACAAGCUCGAGAAAUCUCACCAGAUGAACAGCCAUGGAUCGUGAAGUUGCUCAUCAUAAUUCUCGGUUAUGCAACAGUGAUUGUGCCGUCGUUUUAUUUGAUCAACUACGCCCGUCGGAAGUAUGCGAGUAAUACCCUUGGGCGAUUUCUACGAGCAUUCGCUGUGGGUAAUGAAAACUAUCAACUGCUUGAUGUUGCACCAGCAUUAGGGAAGGGGUCGCAAUCUGUUCCUGAAACACGAAAUCUUCUUAAGGAUGCAAUUUUGCUGUUAUUUUUCUUUGCUGGUAUCCAGUGUACAUUGGUGAUGAUGGGCUUUUUACAAGAGCGUAUUAUAACGAGAGGCUAUCAAAACUCCGGAAAUGAACAGCUGGACCAGUUUGGAGACGCCCAGUUUCUUGUUUUUUGUAAUCGAGUAGUGGCCAUAGUCGUGUGUGCCAUUGUUCUUACCCUCACAUGGAGAAGGCAACCACCUCAUGUGCAACCUUUAUAUGUGCAUUCGUUUACGUCGAUCUCGAAUACUAUGUCCACAUGGUGCCAAUACGAAGCGUUAAAAUACGUCUCAUUCCCAACUCAGACAAUUUGCAAAACAUCGAAAGUGGUGGUGACGAUGCUGAUGGGACUUUUAAUUCGUGGUCAGAGAUAUACAUGGCAGGAGUGGAUCUGUGGUGGAGCCGUUGGUACCGGUGCCAGUCUGUUCUUACUAGGCAGUGGUCGUAUGAGUUGGAGGUUUUAUACUUCUUUCGUCUCUGGAAUGGUGCUGAUGAUUGGCUACCUUUUGUUCGAUUCCUAUACAUUGAAUUAUCAGAAGAAGUUGUUCGACAAAAAACCGAAAAUCUCAAAAUACCAGAUGAUGAUGGGUGUGAACGUAUUCUCUGCUAUUCUGUGCGCUGUUUCAUUACUCGAGCAAGGAACACUAUUCUCAUCGAUAGAUUUCGCCUUGGAACACAAUAAUUUCUUUCGUGAUGUGUUUUUCCUCAGUCUAUCAGGUGCUACGGGUCAGCUCUUUAUCUAUUCGACAAUUGAGAAGUUUGGCCCCAUCGUCUUUGCUGUGAUGAUGACGAUACGACAGAUGCUUUCUAUAUUACUGUCGUCAUUCUAUUACGGCCAUUCUCUGUCCAGCUGGUCUCUUAUUGGAUUCGGCAUAGUGUUCACGGCCAUAUUCCUCGAUAUAUACCGGCGAUACUUCGAGAAGCGACGAGCCGUUGUUAGACAAUAG